GGAAUAAAUCACAAGAUAGUGGGAUUGCAGAGAUGGAGGAACUUCCAGUCCCACACAACAUCAAAAUAAGUAACAUCACAUGUGAUUCCUUCAAGAUUUCUUGGGACAUGGAUUCUAAAUCCAAGGAUCGCAUUACUCAUUACUUCAUCGAUCUCAACAAGAAAGAAAACAAGAAUUCCAACAAAUUUAAACACAAGGAUGUACCCACUAAACUGGUGGCCAAAGCUGUUCCUUUGCCUAUGACAGUCCGUGGGCACUGGUUCUUGAGCCCAAGAACAGAAUACACAGUAGCAGUGCAGACAGCAUCAAAGCAAGUUGAUGGCGAUUAUGUUGUUUCUGAGUGGAGCGAAAUCAUCGAGUUUUGCACAGCAGAUUAUUCAAAAGUUCACCUGACACAGCUAUUGGAAAAAGCUGAAGUAAUUGCAGGCCGUAUGCUUAAACUGUCUGUUUUUUAUCGGAAUCAGCACAAAGAAUACUUUGAUUAUAUCAGAGAGCAUCAUGGGAAUGCUAUGCAGCCCUCUGUUAAGGAUAACAGUGGCAGCCAUGGCUCGCCGAUUAGUGGGAAGCUGGAAGGCAUCUUCUUUAGCUGCAACACUGAGUUUAACACUGGGAAGCCUCCACAAGAUUCACCUUAUGGAAGAUACAGGUUUGAGAUUGCAGCUGAAAAACUCUUCAACCCAAACACUAACUUGUACUUUGGAGACUUCUACUGCAUGUACACAGCCUACCACUACGUCAUUCUCGUUAUCGCCCCUGUUGGAUCACCAGGAGAUGAAUUCUGUAAGCAGCGCCUUCCUCAACUAAAUAUAAAAGAUAAUAAAUUUCUGACCUGUGAUGAAGAAGACGGUGUCAUGGUUUACCAUCAUGCCCAGGAUGUUAUUUUGGAAGUAAUUUACACCGAUCCUGUGGAUCUCUCCCUUGGCACAGUUGCAGAAAUUACUGGUCACCAACUAAUGAGCUUGUCUACUGCAAACGCAAAGAAAGAUCCAAGCUGCAAGACCUGCAAUAUCAGUGUUGGACGUUGAGACUUCCCUCGUUAACGUAGGAGCCUUCAAACCUCUGUUGCCCAUUUCCAUAGUCAGACAUUUUUGUCAGAAGCAUGCACAUGCCGCUGUCACCAAAAGCAAAAACGAGUCUUCAAAAUCUCCAAUAGCGUUUUUAGUAUUUCUUCUCUCCCUCUU